AUGAGCUCUCCGGAUAAGCGCCGUUCGCACGGCGGCACCGGAAGCCAUGUUCUUCGAACAGGAUCGUCCGUGCGGCACGCGCACCACCACUCCGACUCGCUGGGCGGCGGCGGCGGCGGUGGUCCUGCCGGGACGGAACCGCCGGCAGGAAGCGGCAGCGGCAGCGGUAGCAGCGGCAGCAGCAGCAAGCACCACCAUCUACCAGCCGUGCCGCAGCGAGUCGCCGUAGUAAACAACGCCAGCACCGCGGCCGACGGUGCCACCGCCACCGCCGACAAGGGUAACGGUAAGGAAAAGGAAGGCAAGGCAAAGGACACGACCAGUACAACCGCCAGCAGCAACAGCCCCGUCACGCGCACGACAUCAGCUUCGAAGAAACACCUGGACAAGCAGCGCGAGCGCGAGCGCGAACGAGACCGCGAACGUGACCGCGAACGCGAGUCCGCCAGCCUCGCCGCGCAGGUCCUCCAAAAGGACGAGCGCAUCGCCUACCUCGAGCGCGAAAUGGACACCAUGGAGCGCACCUUCCAGACGCAGCUGGACCGUCUGAGCGCGGCCGAGAGCGAGACGGCCAUGUUUUGGCAAAACAAGCACAGCGCGCUCAAUACGAAGCACCUGCGGACGGACACGGAGCUGCGGCUGCUGCGCGCCAAGGUCGACGUGCGCGAGGCGGAGCGCGCGGAGCUGCGGCAGGGCUGGGAGGUGCUGCGGCAGGGCUCCGAGGUGCUGCGGCGGGAGCUCAAGGAGAGGGACGACGAGGUGAGGCGGCUGCGCGGGCAGGUGAGGGGCCUCAAGGAGUGGGUGAGCACGAGCACGAGGGCGGACGGGCAGACGAGCGACGAGGUUUUUGGGGAUGGGAUGACGAGGCUGGGGAAUGGCUUGCAGAACUGGGUGAUUUCAAAUUUUCGAAAAGCAAAGCUCGAUUUGUCAAGGUUGGAUCAAGAGACGAGGGCAGCGAUUGCCGCGCUGGUGCCCACGUACGAGGAGCUGGCCAAGACGGCCAAGGUGCACUUUCUACAGUCACUCGUCUCGCACGUCCUCGUCGACGCCGUUUUUGACGCCUACUUUGUCGGGCUCUCUCCCGAACAAACCAGCCUGUUCAAGGACAUGGAGCAGCUUCUCGCGUCUUUUUGCGGCGGCGCCGCGUCCGAAUCCGUCAACCAGUGGCGCGCAUCGACGCUCUCCCUGCUGCUCCGUAGCGAGGCGCCGCAGCUCCUACACGACGACACCGCCGCCUUUGCCGAGUGUGUCAUUUCCCGCACAAACCACCUCCUCGAUCGCCUAACCGGCGGGACCACAUCUACCAUCACAACCACCACCAGCAACAGCAGCAACAGCAGUAGCGGCAGCAGCGGCAGCAGCAACAGCAACAGCAGCAGCAGCAACCACGGCGCGGUAGAAGGCGCGCGGGACGCGGCGCUCCGCGUGCUGGUCAACAACUCGAUUGAGCUUGCGCGGCGGCUCGUUGUGCAAAAGGCGGUGCUGCGGGUGUUUAUGCCGACGAUGAGACCGCCGCACGAGCGGCCGGUGCUGUUUGAGGCGAGCACGAUGGAGGACGUUGGGGGUGGCGCCGAUGAUGACGAGGAGGAUGAGGAUGAGGAUGGGGGGGGAGGAGGAGGGGGGCACGGCGGGCGGUGGGCGGCGGCGGCGGCGCGAGGUGUGGUGCGUGGUGUUUCCGGGGGUGGUGAAGCAGGGGGAUGA